AUGACUUUUAAUUUUUUUUCAAAAAAAACGUAUAGUCUUUGGCUUUUAUGUUCCAUUAUAGCAACAGCAUUAACAGGACUUAUUGUCGGGUACGAUUUGUGUGUUGUCUCGGUACUAAUAGAUUCGAUGAGGUUGGAUCUUCAUUUAUGUCCUUUAUCGCCAAAAGUCUUCACUAGUUCGAAAACAGCAUCAGACGAAAAAUUUGUUUGCAUGAAAGAAAGUCUUAUAGUAUCGAUUUUAUAUCCUGGUGCAGCGAUAGGAAGUCUUACUGCAGGUUUCUUUGCAGAAAAGUAUGGACGUCGUUAUACAAUUAUGCUAUCGGAUGUAUUUUUUUUAUUCGGUAGCCUUAUAUUUAUGUUUGGCCAAUCUUUUUUGGAUAUCUUAAUUGCUCGAUUUCUCCUAGGUGCAGGUGUCGGUGUUGGUUUUGUAGUGUUUAGUACUUAUAUACCAGAAAUAGCUCCAGCGAAACAUCGCGGGAAAUUGGUAGCCAUUCAAGAUGCUGCUUUAAGUUUAGGUUGUUUCUUUUCUUUUUGUAUUAUAUCCAUAGUCUCAGUUCAAUUUUGGCAUCAAUUAAUUGGUUUUCUUUCGGUUAUUGCCUUCAGUCAAUUGAUUGGAGCCAUUUUCUUGCCUGAAUCUCCACGUUGGUUAGUGAAGAAAGGAAGAACUAAAGAGGCUCUUCAAUCUCUUAUACUUUUAACUCCAAAACCUUUCCAUAACACCUCAAGCUUAUCUUGCGCACAAGAAGAAGAACACCAUACGCAAAAGUGUAUUGCUGAAUUGGAAUUAAUUGAAAACGAUGUAAAACACAGCCAAAAUUUAAAGCAUCGGGGUACAAUUUCACACCUCCAAUUCGAAGACGUACCGAGCCAUACCUUACAAAAAGAUACAAACAACACUAGAGUUUCUGAGCAGUCGACUAUGUCUUGUUCUUCUUCGGAAAAACGUAAUGCAUGUUUUUCUUGGAUUCAAAAACAAUGUCAAGGAUUCACAAAUUACUUGAGGUUUUUACGCCUUUAUCGCAAACAACUUUUCAUUGCUAUUGGGUGUGCUUGUGCUCAAAAUUUUAUGUUUGGUAAUAAUUUAAUUUACUAUACUGUUCCAAUACUGAAAAAGAAAUCUUUUGUGAGUGAUAUUCGUCUUUUUUCCUUUGGCGUUGGACUCUCAAAAUUUUGCGGUAUAUUGUCAGCGAUUUUCCUAGUGGAUAAAAUAGGUCGACGUCCGAUUUUGUUGUGGGGGUCAAUUGUCACAUGUAUUGGGCAUGUUGUGUUUUCGAUAUUAUUUUAUCUUUUGGAUAAAAUUGGCUCUCAAAAAAUACUUAUUACAAGUCUUAUUAUUAAUUUUUAUAUAUUUAUUUUUUCUUGGAAUAUAUCAUGGGCUGGUUUAAUGUUUGUUGUCGCUAGUGAAGUGUUACCAUCAGCUGUUCGUGGUAUUGGUAUCAGUUUGACUAUUACAACAUUUUGGCUUCUAUCCUUCUUUUUUCAACUAACAUUUGGAAUUCUUGUUCAUGUCUUAACAUUCGCAGGAGCUUUUUGUCUUUUCGCUUUAAUGAAUUGCUUUACAAUACUUUUCGUAGUUUAUUGUAUUGAAGAUCAUACAUGUCAAAAAUUAGAAAAUAUCCAUGAUAAAUCCAGCGAACCGAACACUGUCGUAUAAUUUUGUUUCAUCCAAA